CCCUCUGGCAUGCCUGCAGCCUUAUUUAUUACACACCAAAGUAUAAAAGAGCCCAGCCGGCGGCAGCUCGCCUCUCCAGCCCUGGCAUUUGCCUGAGAAGCCCCGCCGUGCUCUCCAGGAGGCUCUGGGGCUCUGUUGAGAAUCAUGCUCGGGAGGCAGCUCGGCUCUUGGCACCUGCUGGCUUUGCUUUUCCUCCCAUUUUGCCUCUGUCAAGAUGAAUACAUGGAGGUGAGCGGAAGAGCUAAUAAAGUAGAGGCGAGAAUAGUGCAAAGCCACCAGCAGACUGGCCGUAGCGGCUCCAGGAGGGAGAAAGUGAGAGAGCGGAGCCAUCCUAAAACUGGGACUGUGGAUAAUAACACUUCUACAGACCUAAAACCCCUGAGACCAGAUGAGCUACCGCACCCCGAGUCUCCACAAACCGGAGGACCGCCCCCAGACUGCAGCAAGUGUUGCCAUGGAGAAUACAGCUUCAGAGGCUACCAAGGUCCCCCGGGGCCCCCUGGCCCCCCUGGCAUUCCAGGAAACCAUGGGAACAAUGGCAAUAAUGGAGCCACUGGCCAUGAAGGGGCCAAAGGUGAGAAAGGAGACAAAGGUGACCUGGGGCCACGAGGCGAAAGAGGGCAGCAUGGCCCCAAGGGAGAAAAGGGCUACCCGGGGAUUCCGCCAGAACUGCAGAUUGCAUUCAUGGCUUCUCUGGCAACCCACUUCAGCAAUCAGAACAGCGGGAUUAUCUUCAGCAGCGUGGAGACGAACAUCGGAAACUUCUUUGAUGUUAUGACUGGUAGAUUUGGGGCUCCAGUAUCAGGUGUGUAUUUCUUCACCUUCAGCAUGAUGAAGCAUGAGGAUGUUGAAGAAGUGUAUGUGUACCUCAUGCACAAUGGCAAUACAGUGUUCAGCAUGUACAGUUAUGAAACAAAGGGGAAGUCAGAUACGUCCAGCAACCAUGCAGUACUGAAGCUGGCUAAAGGGGAUGAGGUUUGGCUGAGAAUGGGCAAUGGCGCUCUUCAUGGGGACCACCAGCGCUUCUCUACCUUCGCAGGCUUCCUGCUCUUUGAAACCAAGUAAAUAUAUGAAUAGACCAGCUCUACUUUUGGGAAGAUUUAUGGCUGCACUGGUAUUGUUAUGAUCUGAGGGACACUAGAGUUGAGGGUUCUACUCAGGAGCUCAGAAGAAGAAUCCACAAAACAGUUCCCCUCAAGUGACCUUGACUAAUAUACUUGGCAUGUUUACUCUUCCCCAGGCACCUAAAAAAGAAUUCCCUUCUUGAUACAGGUUGGAAAUAAUUGUUUCCAUCAAAGAAGUCAUUUGCAAAGAAUUUGGCUGCUCUGUUUUUAAUUUAAUAGCAACUUUCAGGAAUUCCUGAGGUUUGUGGUUCAUCAUUCUUUAAAACAUUUCAGAGACCAGGGUGCAGUGAUUAUUAUGGGGCCUGGGAGGAACAAGGGCACUUGCCAGGACCAAGUUACCAGAAACAUUUGUAAAACCUAGACUGGGAAGUAACACUUUGAUCCAGUGGGUCAAUAUUUAUGAAUAAAUAUAGAUAUUUUUAGUAGUUUCAGAUAGCUUUUAGAUAAGAAAAGUAUUCACAAUGCCCAUAAAUAAUGGACUCCUCCUUUUUUUUUUUUAUAAGAAUACUGCUGUAAUUAAAUCUUGACUUGUAAUGGCUUAUAUUUUUGGAUAUAGAAUUUUCUCAUGAUCCAAAAUUGGGUUUAUCAGAUCUGACUUAUUAUAUUGAAUUUUUCCCAUUGUGUUUCUCAGAUUAUAAUCGAUCUUUGUUGACCCUGGCCAGCUUAAGUGAGGUUACAUCCAUAUAUACAGAUACAGUGAUCUUCUUCUCUCUCAAUUUAGAAAUUACCCCAAUAAACUUUACACAUACUGAUAUUCGAAGGAGCUGUAAACUCAGUUACAUACAAACUAAUGGAUACAAAAUAUAAGGGCAUUCCAUUUAGAAGACAUAAAAUAAAAUCUCUUAACCUUUUUAAAAAUAAAAAAUGAUAUGACUUUUUUGAUUACCAUAUUUAAGCAAUACUUACAAUGAAGCUGUGCUCCUUUACUUUUGCCUGUCCCUCCCCAAAAAGGGACAAGUACAGAAGAUAGUACACAGAUUUUGUUUAUUUUAAGCAAAGGAAGCAUCAUUGGCAUAUGUGUUUACCUUAAUGUCAAAUUAUAUUUAAAAUGCACUAGAGAGAUACCUGUCUAGCACAUGUCAUUUAAUGAAUCCCUUAGAAGCAAUUAGCCCUUAAUUUAUUUUCUGUUACAAUGUGAAUUUCCACAAAAGCUUUUAAACUAUGGGUUUAAUUGUAUUGAUUACCCCCUCUAGCUAGAAGCAGAAAGAAUUAAUUAGGACUGCCCUAUCAGCUAACUUGGUGUGCUCCAUGCUCAGUUCUGUCUUUGACCCUUUCUUUUGAUCUAUAAAUAUUUUUAAAUUCUUCCUGACCAACACAAGCAACGUUAUUUGUGAAUGGAUAUUAUGGAUAUUAGCCAAAAUGUGCUUGACUGGUUGGUAAUGUUUUUGUGAUUUUGUGUAUGUCCCCCACUGCCCCUGGGGCUGUGUGGUCAUGGGUGUUGAGGUUUAUUAUUUCCAGACAUCAUAAAUAUUUUGUAAAAGUGUAUUGCCAACAGACAUUUGAAUGUUGCAUGUUGCCCAAAGGGAUUCCAUGUCUAAAGAACAUACACUAUUAAUAAAGUGCCUUAGAAGAAGAUAUUGGCUUAGCUUUAGAUAAAACUGAGGUGAGAAAAAUGUAAAAGCAUUGUAUGGAAAUAAACAUACUUUUGUUAAAUGUAUUGUUUUAUAAUGUUCUGAAUAAAGUUGAAUAGUCAUA